AUGCAGAUUGGUGUAGCCCGAAGUGCGACAGCAGUGGUGCAGGUCGUUCGGCAAAACAUCUCAAGCUGUUGGGACUUGCGGUGGGGUGCGGAAGCCCUCUACCAGGUGGCCAAACGGUCAACUGCCAGAACUCGUCAGGAGUGGGCUGAAGAUAAAGCAGUUGUGAAAUUGGCUGAUAAGCUGAAGGAAGAGGUGUGGGGGGUAUGUUGUGAAAUUGACAUCAUCUUGUUGGCCUUAGAAGCCCUCCGUCGUAUGGCGCUUCAGGAACCCGAGGAUCAAAUGACGAAUUUGGAGCGCGCUGCCUCCACGAUUGCCGCAAACAAGUGGCGAAACCCUGUAAAGAGCCUAGCGCGGCUGUUUUGGCUAGGUGCACCUUUGUCCAAAGAAGGCAGCUUCAAGGAUCACUUUGACUCAAAGGCUUUGCCUGCUCAGAUUCGUUCGAGACAGCACGAGUUGGAUGGACCUGACUUAGCACUGCUGUUGGCUGCCAUGAAGGGUCCCAAAGGCCUCAAGGACAGCGCGCUUCAGUCCAAGGUGGUCCUGCGCCUCAAGGAGAAGAAUAUCCAUCGUGGUCUUUCUGCCACGGACUUAGUGGAGAUGGCUGAAGCCUUGGAGGUCAUCUCACGAGGCGGCCUUGCGGCCACUUGGGCAAGAGGCCCUCCGCCGUCGAGGAGAGCUGACGCCAGAUGA